AUGAAAGCCCCUAAUACAAAAGUUAAUAUUCUGAUGACAGAUGAUGAUAAUUCAGAAAAAGAUUCGACAACUUAUAUAAACAUAAUAGCUGAACAGAUUAGGAACAAUACAUUAGUUCAAAAACAUAGGUUAGAUAAUAUUCUAAGUGCCUUAGACCAUAUUAUCUCAACAAAUGAGGGUAGCAAGCAAAUUCACAAUUCUGUAAAAGAUUUCAAAAAGACAGAGAAGAUUUCCUCUAAUGCCAAAAAUUUAUUACAACCUCGAUUUAGACCAACUUCCGAAAAGCCUGGUAGGAUUCCAAACCUCCAAUUUAAAAAGUCAACAGAGGAGGAAAUGAGGAAUCUUCUCCCCGAUGACUCCGGAUCAUCUCAAGUCUCCCCAGUACCUGUUUCCUUGCCUAGACCAUCUGUGGCACCAUAUCCUCCCUUAAGACUAGUUCCCCAAACAACAAACACACUUCCUACACAACCACCACAGCAAAGUGUAUUUAGUGUUGGAACUGGUUUGGGGCAGCCAACAUGGAUGAGAAUACCACCCUUUAUGCUUGGAAGGAGAAUUGUUACCACCAUCAAUGGCAAGAAACAGGUCAUUGUAUUCACAAAUGGAGGGAAAAGAAAUGAUGCUACUGAGAAAGAUGGGGAGUAA